AUGCAGCACAAGCAUUAUGGGAAGUACCUCAAGCUUAAGGAGCUCAAUGCUCCUGCAGGGGUGACAAAACUCCUCAAGAAUCCUGCUUUUCGCAACGCGCUCUCCGAAUUGAGGCAAUCGAUCACAGCCACUACAUUGGAGUCACAGAUGGAGCGCCCGAUCGAGCGUUUUGUGAACCGCCUAGGGCACAUCUUUGAUGCUUCAAGGUCACACUCGCAAAUUUCUGCACAAGCGCGACGGUAUGCAGUCGCUCAGAGCAGCACAUCGGUGCGUCUGAGCUCAGAGGUUGUCGUCCUUGGCGACAAGCCCGAGAAUGCUAUCAGACCCGACAUUACCCUGGGUGAUGUUCGGCCAUGUGAUCUGAAGCACUCGGAGUGCCGCAGCGGUGUCACAGCGCAUCCCGCCCGUAAGCAGUGGAGCGAGAUCUCGACGGUCAUAGAGCUCAAGCUCACAGCGACGUCGGAUGGCUCUCGCGAUUUGAUGGCGCAAGUCCUGACCUAUGCGCGCAUGCUUCUUUGCGACCAUCCUAUCAGCAAAGCGGUGUUUAUCGUGACAUGGUGCAAGGACGUCGUCAGAUUGUGGUGCUUCACCGCGAAUGCAUACACUGUCACACGUGCCCUUCGCAUUCAUGAAGAAGAGGACUUGCUCGACUUUUGCAUGGUCUUGCUCUUCUGCAUUAAAGACGAUCAAUUGCUUCAGAGGUGGAGGCCGGAUCACGAUAGUCGCUUCCUUCGGCCAAUCCAAGGAUCACGCCCUUUCCAGCUGUUUUCGGCGUCAGGCAACAAGAUGAACAUCUACGACAGGGCGAUGGUCAGACCUUCGCUCGUGGGAUCUAGAACGGCUGUCUUUCUACAUUGUCCGACGUCGGUGGACCUAGAAAAUGCGCAAUUGACGGAAGCCGAGCAUCGGGCACUCUUUUUCGAGGGCAAAUUGCUCUUCGUCAAAGCCUCGUGGCGCCCACCGCGCCUCAUUGGACACGAAUUGAACAUGCUGCUCCGGAUCCAAAGGGGCGAACAGCUCCUGAGAUCGAAGAAUCAUGCGUCCUGGCAGGACAUUGAAGCACCAACUCCCAUCGCCUUGCUGCCUAUGGAUUGGGAGACCUGGCCUGCUUCUGGGAGCCCGGCUCUGAAGUUAGACAUUCUUGCUUUCGCCCAACAUCAAGGUGUCGCCUUCGGCUAUAACGAUGCUGAAGCAGACCUGGCCCAAAUUUUUGGUCAAUUUGCUCGACAGCUUGCAGCGUAUGCUGAACUUGGUCUGCAUUAUCGGGACCUGAACCCUGGUAAUCUUCUCAUGACCCGCCGCCAAGGCUCGCAACGUGCUCGCCUUGUGCUUGCGGAUCAUGGGAAUGUGCGUGUGGGUGUUGCGCGCGAAGAGCUGAUGCCAACCUGCGAGGAGACGGACUGUUUAGGCUGGGCAGCGGACGAUACGCGCUCAGCCAACCAGCUUUUCCUUGCUCAUUCCACCUCAAAUUGCGGACGUCACGCUGCAUUGUUCCUGCUCGAGGAAAAAGCGCGUCACAAGUAUACAGCAGACUUGAAAACCCUCGAGUCGCUCGAGUCAAGCAAAAAGAACGAGAUCGUCCGUCUAAGAAGGGACAUCGAGGAAGCCUCGCAGAACAUGGCUAUCAAUCGAAAGAAAGCAUUCAUCAAGUCGCAUAGAUACAUCGAUGACUUGGAAUCGAUGAUCUAUCUCUACUUGUACACGAUCAGUUGCAGGGGUGGCUCCCAAAUCCGAGCAGAACUGCUGAGAACCCUCUCUGACAACCGGGCAAAGUCGGACUUCUGGACGUUACGUAGUAUGUGGGAAGAAAUCACGCAGAAGCUACGCUCAGAGUGCAAAUUGCCACCAGCAUGGAUGUCCGCCAUUGAUGAUGUGCGGCGGAUAGUUGCCAAGGCUCAGAGCCUGUUGCGCGGUUCCUUGGAACGACACUUUGACAGCCAUCAUUUGGAUUCUGGAAGGGUGCCAGAGCUGCCCCUUCAGGACGUUGAAGAUCAGUGUUUCAAGGACGUUGCUUCCGUCUUCGAUACCUAUCUGCACGAAGAGCACAUGGAACCGCUUGACCGCCUACGUCAGGCCCAAAGCACCUUCUGA